AUGGACAAUCCUAAGCAAAGCCUGCGCUGGACCAAGCACCAGAGCACGCUGAUCAGCACAUUCGCGACGCUACUGGACACCCAGACUCUAGUCGACUGCACGAUCUGCGCCGAGGGCAAAUCCAUUAAGGCCCACAAGGUGGUUCUGUCCGCCUGCAGUGCAUACUUUGCCACCGUAUUCCAAGGACAUGACGAAAAAUUUCCGUUCGUGCUACUAAAGGAUGUAAAGUACCAGGAUCUGCGCGCCCUGAUUGACUACAUGUACCGCGGCAAGGUCAACGUCAAGCCGGACCAGCUAGAAGGGCUUGUCAACGCGGGAAAACUGCUGCAGGUCAAGGGCCUGUUCGAGGCCGACCCCAAGCCCGAGGCUUCUCAGCAUGACCGUGGUGUCGCCCUCCCACUGGAGCAGGCCACCGACGGCACAAUGGACACCUCUGGGGCGAAUGAUUCCGGAGACAACUCCAAUUCUUUUAUUCUGCAGGCCGCCGCCGCCGCCUCCGCCCUGGGCGAGACCAAAAAUCUGCAGCUGAAGACCAAUAACGCCGAGAACGUGCAGCCACAGAGCCCGAUCGCUCAAGGCUCAUCUUCCGGAGGAGUCACUCCGGCUGCUUCAGGCGUUGCUGCGAAGGUCAAGGAAAACGCCAUACCGAAAGCCCUGGGCAGCAACAACAACAACAACAUGAACGACUACACUCGCAUUGAAGUCGGCAGAGAUGGCCAGCCACUUUACGUGUGCCAACGUUGUGACAACAAAUAUCGCCAGCAGGAAGGUCUGCGUCGCCAUUUGAACGAGUGCGUUGGCAAGGGGCGAAUGUUUCGCUGUCCUUAUUGCGCCUACGACACGGAGCAGCUCGCACACCUUAGCAUCCACAUAAGCGUUAUGCACAAAUCCAAAUGUUUCCCAGGGCAAACUGAUCCAACUAACUAA